AUGAAGACAGCCCUGAUCGUCCUUUCCAUUCUGGUCACUGUCCACGCCAUCAGCCUUUUCAAGAAAAAAGAAAAGGAAGACUACUGUAAGGACAGCGACCCAAAAUACUGUAAGGAAAAAGUCCCGAAAGGAUUCUGCGAGUCGCAGUUCCACACUAAAAACCAAAUCAAAGAAAAAUGCAUGAAAUCGUGCGGGAUGUGCUGCGGCGACAAGGACCCUGAAGAAUGCAAAAAGAAGAAGGAGACGGUGGAAGAUUUCUGCAACUCAUCCUUCAUGUCCAAAAAGGAGCUCAUGGAGAAAUGUGGUGAUACCUGUGGCUUAUGUGGAGAAAAAGAGGACGACUACUCUCGUCCGGCCCACCCCUGGGUUUAG